CUCUUUGGGGUCACAAGGGGUCUUCAUGGGUCCCUAAGGGGCUCUGUUCUCACCAGGGGUCCCUGUGGGGCUCUGUGGGGUCCUUAUGGGUCAUUUGGGGAUCCCUAAGGAGCUCUAUGGGGUCUUUGGGCAUGAGGUGGCAGUAGAGACCGCGGAAAAGGCUUCUCCAGCGGGGUCGGCAAAGUUAAAACAAGGAUGGGUUUGGGGGGAGCCAAGUGACUCCUUGGGGGCUGACCUCAAAGUCACCUCGGGCAGGAUGGCUCCUGGGACAGGCUUAUAAGAGGAGGUGACACCCCCUUGUGCCAUCCCUAUGUGGAAACCCCACCAAGUUCAACCAGAGGCCAGAAAGAAUCCUUCUAGACCCAUAGCCUGGAUGCCUCAGCUCAACUCCUUGCAGAGGGCAUCUCAGGGACCUCCCUAAAACCUCAGCACCGACCCUAUUGGCUGCUGGGGCCAACCGGUGCCACCAGCGAGGCAAGAGCUGCCUUGAGAAGUGAGCAACCCCUCCAUCAUCCCACUGCAUCCGUGUGGAGCUGCACCAUACAGACGCCAUGCAGCCCCAUGCCAUCCUCCUCCUCCUCUUCUUCUUCCCUGGGAACUGGGCAGAGCCAGAGGGCUCCUACAUGCUCAAGCUUCUCCAUUUUGCCACCUUCCAAAACAGCACCUCCAUGCUUGUGGGAGGAGUGGGGCUCUUGGGGGACAUGGAACUGGGAUCUCUGGACAUCAGCACUGGGAAUAUCCACUACUACCAAGCCUGGCUGCACCCAGCCUUGCCAAAAGAAGACUGGGACGUCAUUGAAAGCUCCAUCAAGUCAUACGUGAGGGAUUUCAACAGGCUGGUGCAGAUGUAUGCCAUGAUGCCCUACCCUUUUGUCUUCCAGACCUCCGUGGGCUGUGAGCUCCAGUCCAACAGGACCGUCAGGACCUUCUUCAACAUCGCUUACGAGGGCCAGAAUUUCAUCCGCUUCUGCCUGGAUACAGGCACUUGGGAGCAGAUGCAACAUAACCAGUUGUCAGCCACAGCCGAGCAGCUGAUGGCCAAUGCCAGCACUCUCAAUGAGGUGAUCCAAGUGCUCCUCAACUACACCUGUGUGGAUGUUCUGAGGCUUUUCAUCCGGGCUGGGAAAGCAGAUCUGGAGAGACAAGUGCCCCCCAUCGCCGUGGUCUUUGCCCGCACUGCCGGCCCAGCACAGCUCCUGCUGGUUUGCCGUGUCACCAGCUUCUACCCGCGGCCCAUCACCGUCACCUGGCUGCGGGACGGCCGGGAGCUGCCCCCGAGCACCAGCACAGUGUUACCCAACGCCGACCUCACCUACCAGCUCCGCAGCACCCUGCUGGUGUCCCCCCGGGACGGGCACAGCUACGCCUGCCGCGUACAGCACCGCAGCCUGGGUGACCGCAGCCUCCUCGUCCCCUGGGGUAGGUUGUCCCCCUCGGGGGAUGCGGCUCCCGAGCCCCGUUUCCUCGGCACGAGGAGCAGGAGAGCUGACGGGCUGUUUGUUGUCAGAGCGCUCCAAGAGGGGACUGAGUGCGGGGAUCGGGGCCGUCUUGCUGCUGGCCGCGGCCGCCAUGGCCGCACUGUUGGUACGGAGAUACAGGAAGCGGCAGCGGAUGGACGAGGGGCGCAGCGUCCCACUGGCGGAGACCACGGCGGGGCGAUACGGGGGAUGCGGCCGCGGAACAGCCGGGGAGGGGAGGGGGCACGUCUGAGUGCUUCUCAGAACCCCCCAGUGCUCGUGGCGGCUCCCCCAGCCCCGAUAAAGGAACCCACCUGCCCACGAGUAACGAACCGCGACCUCCCGUCGGCACCUUCUGCGUUUUAUCGCCCAACCACCGCCUUUAUUAACCCCCUUCCGGAGAUAUUUGUACAAAUAUUUGUACAAACCCUCCCUCCAGCGACGCCCACCGACGGCGCUGGAUGCGCUGAGCUGCACUGAGCUCCCAAAGGAAGGCGGCGCUCAAACAUUACACGGAGGUGCGGGGCUGAUCGGGGUUUGAAGUAGGUUUCAAACCAAGCAGGUUUGAGGCGAACGGAGCACGGAAUAAACGGAUAAUUUGACCCACGGGUUACCCGGUUUGUGAGGAAAUCCCACUUUCUCUGUAGGCAUAACCGUGCUGUGGGGGCGAGGUGCUCCCAGGAGAUGGAGGCAGCACCCCGAUUACAGCCGGGGGAGGAACCCAUUGAACGAUUCCAGCUCUUCAAGUAGAGGAUCCCGACAGCGCCUCUGGACUUAUCUGGACUCAAGUGGACCAUAAAAUCUUUCCCCCACAAUUCCACCAGAAUUCUGCCCUGGAGAUUCCCAGUCUUGAAUAAUUUCCUGCUGAAUUCUCUGUAACAUUCAAGACCUCACUGCAUAACGAAAAGUUUCCCAUAGGCCUGGCAGCCUUCACGCCCUGCCAUGAGAGGCAAGAUGUAUGGUUACCUACCGCUGUAGAGACUGCAGGAGGGAUCGUGACAUCUCUAUCAGGCUUUAGAGGAGACAAGAGACUGCCCGGUGGCGCAGUGGUAGGAAUUGCCGCCUUUCAGUACCGGGACCCAGGGUUCGAAUCCCCCCUGUGGCGCAAGUGUCGCUCUGCAACACCGAGGCUCGAAUCCUGGGGGUUGGACUUGAUGAUCUCUAAGGUCCCUUCCAACCCGCACAAGACUAUUACUAUUACAAGAGGGAGAGAUCUGCAGUCUCUAUUUCCGCAGGCAGUUUUCUCUUGGUACAGGGCAAUCAUGCAUCACAUUCCCUUGGGGUCCUUGGUCCAUCCCAGCAUAUGGGCCGUCCCGAUGCACAAGCACAGCAAUUGCUACAGUUGAGACUCUGGACAGUGUACUUAAUCCAUUCUACCCAGGCAUUAACAUCCCCAUGUCCUGUUUUGAUUUCAAAUGUUUGUCUAAGAUCUUUUAUCUUCUUAGCUGUCACCAUUGCAGGGUUUUUAGGAAGAUUUUCUAACCCCUUUUUAAGCUCUUCCCUAUUCUGGACAUUCUGGGUGUUUUCACAGAGUGUAUCCCACACAGCUACCUGAAGUCUCGCUGUUGAAUCCUUUCCAUACAUAUCUUCCCCCAGACCAAAAGUGGUAUUAACAAUGCUAUCAGUCUUGUUCAUUGUUAUUUUUACUGGGUUACACUGCAGCGGUUUGCAGUCUGGCUGGACAACUCCCUUAUGUGCUCAAGAAGUAUCAGAUAUUUGUCAUGGUUUAAUAAUUUUGUAAAUUUACUUUCAGUAUUCCACAUCAUAACAUCAUAUAAAGCAUGAAUAAUUUUACUGAAUCUGCAACUUCCAGAAGAA